AUGAGCGCGUACAGUCGGUCGACGCAGCAGCGCUCGGAGGAGUACUCAUAUAUUUGGGGCACCGGUAUCGCCGUGGAGGUGUUUCGCGACGAGUUCCGCCGCUACCUCGAAACAUUCACACUCGGCCAGGUGGUGACCGAUCCAUCACGGGGCACACCUCGCCCCAACGGCCGUGAGGCGGCAGCGGCAAGCUUGCGCGUGGCGAAUCCGUUGAUUGCUGGCAGUAGCGGCAGCACGAGCUCGCUUGCAAAUGACACCGCCGCAGCAGCAGCCACAACGUACGUGCUUCAGGAGAAAUAUUACCUGAAGGAGUUCCUGCGCAUGCACAUGCAGGGCCGCAGCACACUCGAAGUGGACUUUACGUGGUUGCAACGAGCGGCACCGCAGCUGUACGUGCAGUCGGUGCACCACCCCACCGAGUGCCUGCAGAUGAUGUCGGCCGUGGCGGAGGAGGUCUACCGUGAUGUCCUGCUGCUCCGCCACGGCAUCGAGGUGGCAGAUGAUGUGCUCAUCACUGUCGUGGCGAAGAAGCUGCCCUCCAUGUGGACGCUGAAGCAACUGAGUCCGCAGCACAUUGAGCAGCUGCUGAGCAUCAAGGGAAUGGUGAUUCGCGUCUCGAAGAUCAUUCCCGAGAUUCGAGUAGCGUGCUUCCAGUGCUGGAACUGCCAGUACCAGGAACGUAGCGUUAGCGGGGACAAGGGCCGCAUAUUCGAGCCAACCCGUUGCGCGCACUGUGGAAAGACCUACUCCUUCAAACUGCAGCACAACCUGUCGCUCUACGAAGACAAGCAGCUCGUCAAGGUGCAGGAAUCGCCAGAGCACGUCGCAGACGGCGAGACGCCUAUCUCGAUCGGUGUCGUCGUGUAUGGGAACAUGGUCGACACAGUCGUGCCAGGCGACCGUGUCGUUAUCACAGGUGUGUACCGCUCCACCCCACUUCGACUCAAUGCCAACACACGCAUCAUCAAGAGCAUCUUCGCCACCCACAUCGACGCCGUCCACAUGGAGCUGGUGCGUGCGACCCGUGCAGCAGAGCCGGGGAUGAGGAAGGGCUCAUUCGCCAACGGCAACGUCGUAGGCGCCAGCCCCCACGCCUCCACUCCGAUGCUAGCGACAACGAAGGAUGCAGAGGUAGACCUGUCACGUGCGGCGCUGAUGGACACGGCGCGCCUUGACAUGUUCCACUCCCUCGCCCAUCGCCCCGACAUCUACGAGGUGCUCCUUCACUCCUUCUCCCGGACCAUCUGGGGCCACGACGACGUCAAGCGUGGCAUUCUGGCGCAGCUCUUUGGCGGUACGGCGAAGACGUUCGUGUUCAGCGAGCGCACCGGUGGCGGCACUGCAGCGACGGCGAGCAGCAACAGCGCUGUCUUCCGCUCCGAGCUCAACGUGCUGCUAUGUGGCGACCCCGGCGUAGCCAAAUCGCAGCUGCUCACGCAGGUGCAUGAGAUCGCGCCGCGCGGCGUGUACACCUCCGGCAAGGGCAGCAGCAGCGUCGGCCUCACCGCCUUCGUUGUUCAGGACACUGACACAGGGGAGUUGGUGCUAGAGCCGGGUGCACUCGUCCUCUCCGACCGUGGCCUGUGCUGCAUCGACGAAUUCGACAAGAUGAACGAGGCUACCCGGUCAGUGCUGCACGAGGUAAUGGAGCAGCAGACCUUGUCCAUCGCCAAGGCCGGCAUCAUUGCGCAGCUCAACGCUCGCACGUCCAUCCUGGCUGCGGCCAACCCGAAGGACUCACAAUGGAAUGCGCAGCUAAACGUUGUCGAAAACCUCCAGAUCGAGCCGACGCUGCUCUCUCGCUUUGACCUCAUCUUCCUCCUCCUCGACUGCCACGACGCCGUGGAGGAUCGGCGACUAGCCACGCACGUCCUCUCGCUUUACAUGGACACCUCGCAUAGCGCGCACACUCGGCGCGCCGUUACUGAUGGUAGCGGGACGGCUGGCAGACAUGCGCGGCUGCAGGGCGGCUCCAGUGAUGGCUGCUACGGUGAGGAGGACGAGGCGACGCAGUGGCGCAGCACAGUUAGCGUAGGGCAGUCGACCGUGUCGUCGGCGGACGCCGCGGGCACUGCGAACACGCACGUGGAUGCGGCCACCGGGCUGCCGGUGGAGGUGCGUAUGGAGCUGGACGGGGAGGUGUUCCUGCAGGGUCCGCCCGAUGCGCCGUACAUGCCGGCCGGUAUCCUGUCCGAGUACAUUGCACUGGCACGCGAGACCAUCUUUCCUAGACUGACAGAGGCGUCGCACAAACGCCUCGCACGGUGCUAUGUGGAGCUGCGCCAGGCCCGCGGCAGCAGUUGCACCGUCUCAGCGACGCUGCGGCAGCUCGAGUCGAUGAUUCGGCUCUCCGAGGCCCACGCAAAGAUGCGCUACAGCAGCGACGUCUCCGUCGAGGAUGUGGAGGAGGCGAAGCGGAUCAUCAGCGUUGCUCUAAAGAAGUCCGCGACGGAUCCGACCACGGGGCUCAUCAACCUCGACAUGUUCCAUGCCGCCGACCCUGGCAAGAAUACGGUGGAGGGAAACAUGCGGCGGCUGGAGGAACUGCUGAAGCGCCGCUACCUCGCUCAGGGGCGGCGCAGCAUUGCUGUGGCGGAGUUGCGCUCUGUGUUCAACGAGCAACAGUCCGGCGCGGCACGGCCCGUGGCCCCGGCGCAGUUUGUGGAGCUCCUCGCCCUUCUCUCCGGCGGCGACGUAGUGCAGUCUUUCACUGCUACGACGGUAACACUGGUGAUGACCGGAGCGGCGCCGGUAGCAGCGACAAUGUGA